ACUUCCUUAUUAUUAUUAUUAUUAUUUUUUAUUUUUUUUACUUUAAUCACUGUCAAUCACCAUGGUAAUUACUGUUGGAAAACUAACCUCUUCUACAGUAGAUUAAGAUUAAAGAUCAAGACAAUUAAAAAAACAACCUGAAAAAAUAUCUAAAGAACAAUUAACUAAUUUUUAAACAGGACUCAUCUCAAGGAAAUCACCACCUCACCCUGCGGUCUUCCUGCUUUACAGUGGGAUGGACUCGGGACGUGAACUUUAAAAUAAGGGAGCUUCACUAACCUCAUACAUUUGUUGGCUCAGCCUUCAGUCCUUCAUGGGCACCAUACAGGCCAGGGGUGCAGCAUGUACUGUUGCUGCUCCUGCGGCAGCAUCAUGCAGUGCACACACAGGCAUCGAGCUCUCGAUGCAUCACUGUGCAGGGAUCGGAUCGGCGCUGGGCUGGGCUGGCUCUGCCUCUUAUCAGGAGCUUUGAAAGUCCAGCUGCUGAUCCCUCAAGCGCAGAGCAUUACUAUGAAAAGAUGAACUCUUGUCAGCUGCCCAGUUUGUUUUCCGUCCUACUUUAAUUUAGAUCAUAAGUUGAAUCGGAAUGAAACGUACACCUCAUGAUUUUAUGACAUGAGUGAUUAUUUGCCUGCUUUUUGAUAUCAAAAUAAGGCUUUUAAAAAUGUUCAACUUUACUUUUUGGCACACUGGAAUUUUUCAUUUUUGGGGUGUAUCUUUCCACCCUUUUUUCGACUAAAUAUUUGUGUAAAUAUUUGUGUAAGUAUUCUGUAGAAUCAGUAUUCUACAGAAUACUGAUUUUUUUUUUUUCCCCCAGUUAUCUUAAUACUAGUGGGCAGUAAUAAUAAUAGUAAUCGUGUUACCGUUCAUAUCAGUUUCUCCAUGAGAGGAACUGAGCUUAUUUUUGCAUCUUUUUCUGUUUCCAAACAUCGAUCCACAGUUCAUGAAGACGUCCGUCUGGUCAGAGGAGCGGGCAGGUCUUUACCUCGGUGCUCUGUUACCUGGCCGCAGCAGACGUUUGCGUAUUUUGAACUGUGUUUGACCUCAUGUCCCCUAUAAAGCCAGUGACUUAUUGUCGCUGCUCUCAUCUGACGAGUCUUCAUCACUAGACGACACUUUUCAGAGCCCAGAUAAACUCGCUCCCGUGGCUGUCUCUGCGUGACGCGGGGCUCGCGGAGAAUGAAGCGAACGAGCGGCUCCGAAUGGUGCGGCAGACGAGGACGAGGUGUCCUGUCCUCUGCUGAGUGUCACCCUGUCACUAAUUCCUGUGUGUGUCUCUCUCCUCCUCGUGGGUUUAUUCCCUCCACGCUGACAGAAAAAGCAGCCUCUGCAUUCUGCUGACAUAGGUAAGUGUUUUUUUUACACACGGCGCCACUUCCUGUGCUGAGAGUUGAAGCUGGAGGUCUUGAGUCUCUGUGCUUCACGUCAUGAAUGGUGGGUGACUCGUUCACCAGGCAGCGACCCUCCCAGUGACCUGGGGACCUUUUUGGUGCCCUCACACAGAUUUAACCCACUGUUUGUUUCCUGUCUGUUGCUACGGGUGACCAGUUUAGAUUGUAAAAAGGUUCUGAGCACUGACAUUGCAACACGUUCUCCUGUGAUGCUGCAGCAUCACAUUUGUUGGAUGUUUUAAUUUUUAAACAUUGCCAAGUAGGGUGUUUUACACUUCAUACUUCACCAGGUGCUUCGUUUCUGUGGCACAGCGGUGAAUCCUGUGGUGCUGAGCGCAGCGACAGGCCCUGCAUCUGCAGUGUCCUGCAGACCGGUGGGGGAAAUACGUGGGGUUUGGCUAAGCUUCUCCUAUUCCUCCCAGAUAUCAAUAAGAUGCAAAGAUGAUGGUGUUCAGUUAAUCAGGAAAUGAGCUCGCUGGUCAUCGGUUGUUGCAAUUUCUGCAGCAACACAACAGACUCCAUCAGUGUAACCUUUACUGGAUUUUUGGUUGCAGUUUUACGUUUGGCAAAAAAAUCUAAAGCGAUUUUGUCCUUCAGUUAUAUUGAAGUUGUUGUGCUGAUCACUGCUGUAUUUUCUCCAGUGUUCUCCAAAGGCCAUGCUUUCCUUUCUGUCCCCUCUCUGAGCAAAGUGUUGAAGGACAUCACAGACAGCAUCAUCGGUCUUCAGUACGUCUGGGAAUACCGCAGCCCCAGUAAAAUGGUCCAGCCGCAUUACCAGUGCAAGCUGUGUUCCCUGUCCCGUGUGCAGCAUGACAUGGUUGAUCAUGUCAAAGGCUGGAAACACAGCUUCAGAUACAUGAAAAAGAAUCACCCCGAUAAGGUUAUCUGGGAAGAGGAAGAUGGUGUCAAGGAUCCUGCAAUCAGAAAGGCAGUUAAAGUUUCUGCUGCAGAGGUGGAAAAAGCGGAGGGGAGGGGGCAAAUCAGGGUGAUUCUGAAGGAGCCCUAUCUAGUGCUUGCAUUUAAAGGACUCCGUUCUGCUGUUCCCAGACCGAUUAUUCCACGAAAUAACGAGAUGAGACCAAUGGGUCCUCCAUUUGGCCCUAGGUUCCAUGACACGAGGUUUCCAGGAGAGUUUGACCUUCAUGGAGGAUCUCACCCUGGUUUUUCAUGUGGGGAUUACGAGGAACCCGCCUAUGGAGGCUACAUGUCAGGACCAGCUUUCCCUGACAGCAGCAUGGCUCCAGCUCCGUACGCAAACAGUAUCGGUCCUGGACAAGAUGGAUAUAGAAGAAGUGAACCGAUGGUUGAAAGCUCAAACACAGCAUAUACCAAUGAGUACCAGGAAAACUCAGUGGACAGACCGAUAAGCAAGCCAGUGGACCGACCCGGAUUAUUGGGAGCCGCUCCACAGGGUAGCAACAUGCCUGCGGUGCUGAAACACUUGGAAUCUUUCCAAAUAGAGAAUGAGAACGAUGCACAGCUUGUUUUGAAAGUGACACAAAGGCUAACAGAUGUGCUGAUGGAGUACAGGCUGAGGACCAUUCCUGCGGCAUCGACUUUUUGCAACCCGUCCUUGAACUUUUCUAACACUCCGCCAAGGUUGCAAAACGACCGAUAUUCAAGUAACCACUCUGGUUCAUCCAGAUAUCCUGACCCUCCGCAGAAAUACUUCAACUGAUGGCGCCUCACUCCUCUUCUCCGUCUCUCACCGAUGCACAAGUCCAGCUUUUUUCCCCCCGUGUAUAUUAAUUUUGGCUAGCUUAUUUUUUCCUCUGUUCUUCUUUUCACUUCCGCAGAGCAAGGAAAGUUUUACAAAACAGAAUGUUUAAGUUGAUUUAUAUCACCAUUGUGUUUUUUCAGAUGUAAUAAAGAACUUGAUGUAACUGCAAUA